AUAAGGAUUAUCAUAAUCUUAAACCAAACACCCGGAGAAGCGGAGUAACAACCCCAGAAAUGUCAUAUUUGUGUUAGAGUAUGGGCAAACUUGGAAAUGAAAGUAGUCUUCUGCCCUAAAUCUUAUAUUCGUGGACAGUAAACCCUAGUCGGCUUAGCCGCGGCAACAUUUCGUCUAAGAUUUUGAAUCGUUCUGGAAAGAGAUUCUUCAUCAACCAAUGGCUCCUAAAGUUGACACUUCAAAAAAGAGUGACCAAAAGGCUCAAGCCCUGAAGGCUGCCAAAGCUGUGAAAGCAGGUGCUUCAACCUUUAAGAAGAAAGCUAAGAAGAUCCGGACAUCAGUCACAUUUCACCGACCAAAGACUUUGAAGAAGGAUAGGAACCCUAAAUACCCUCGCAUCAGUGCACCUCCUCGGAACAAGUUGGACCAUUAUCAAAUACUCAAAUAUCCACUCACCACUGAGUCUGCAAUGAAGAAGAUUGAGGACAACAACACCUUGGUUUUCAUUGUAGACAUCCGCGCUGACAAGAAGAAGAUAAAAGAUGCAGUUAAGAAGAUGUAUGACAUUCAAACCAAGAAAGUCAAUACUUUGAUCAGGCCUGAUGGAACUAAGAAGGCUUAUGUUAGGUUGACACCAGAUUAUGAUGCCUUGGAUGUUGCCAACAAGAUUGGGAUAAUCUAAAAGAGGAACUCUAGCACUAAACUCAGCGUGAGAAGAGUGAUUUUGUCUGUACUUUCAUUUUAUGUCAGUUUUGUUAGUAGGUUUGACCUGAUAAUGUUAUUGCAAUUUGAUUUUUAUGAUUAUCUGUGGAGAAUGUAGUGGAUUUGGUUUUGGGAACGGGAUGCAAAAUAGAAACCAUGCUUGGAAGUAUGAUUUGAAC